AUGGACAAGACUUGGAUGACAAAGUCUAGGGGUACGAGGGAAUAUAGAGAUGGGUGUAGAUCGUUUGUUGACUUCGCAGUUAGUAACUGUAGAAUCCCCAAUGGAAAUAUACAUUGCCCUUGUAAGUCGUGUCGAAAUAACCAGCGUCAUUCGCCCGGCGUCGUACUUGCCCACUUGACAGGGGGUAAGGGAAUGAUGACUACAUACACUACAUGGUUUUGGCACGGUGAGAAGCAUGUUCGGGGUCCUGUUGCAGGUUCUUACUCGAAUCGUCCGGUCGUAGAUGCGGCUAGUGGAAGCACAGAACAGAGUGGCGACAUGCACUCAAUGUUGCGUGAUGCAUUCAGCAUGCACGAAGUUAGAGAAGACAAUUGUGAGCCUGAGGUCGUGGUUCAGGGAGGUGAAGAAAUUGGGGGGAAUGAAGAAUCAGCUGAAGGGAACACUCAGAAGUAUUACGACAAGCUUAAAAAGUCGGAGAAGCCACUUCAUGGGGGUACUAAACAUAGCAAGCCGAGUGCUAUUGUACAUUUGUACAACUUGAAGUGUGUUGGCGGAAUUAGCAACAAGAUUUUCUCAGAUUUGCUUGAUUUCAUCAUCCAGUUGCUGCCUGCAUGUGAUGACACUUUGCCAGCUAAUACAUAUGAGGCGAAAAAGUUUCUUAGUGACAUGGGGCUUGGUUAUGAGAAGAUUCCUGCAUGUCGUAAUAAUUGUAUGUUAUUCUGGAAGGACAAUCAAGAAUUAGAAUCAUGCAUCGUCUGUGGAGAAUCUAAGUGGAAGGAUGAAAUUCAUUUGGAUGAGGAUGGUCAACCCAUAUCGUCGAGAAAGAAACGUCCGGUGAAAGUAUUGCGGUGGUUUCCACUCAUCCCUCGGCUACAGAGGCUUUUUAUGUCGGAACAUACAGCGCCCCACAUGAGAUGGCAUGUAGAAGGCCGCACUAAAGACGGGGUGCUGAGGCAUCCGGCUGACGGUGAAGCAUGGAAAUCAUUCGAUCUCUUACAUCCAGAAUUUUCGGCCGACAGCAGGAACGUUAGGCUUGGUCUAACCUCAGAUGGAUUUAAUCCAUUUGGGAACAUGAGCACUUCCUAUAGCACUUGGCCAGUAAUGCUUGUUCCAUACAACUUGCCUCCUUGGAUGUGCAUGAAACAAACAUCAUUCAUAUUAUCCCUGAUUAUCCCGGGCCCAAGUUCACCUGGAAUGGAUAUAGAUGUCUACCUUCAACCAUUGAUUGAUGAGUUACAAGAACUAUGGAAUGUUGGGAUACGCACAUUUGAUGCCUCGAAGAAAAAUAAUUUUGUGAUGCGAGCGUAG